ACCCCAAACAAAAAAAAGAAAAAAUUAAAUUAAUUGUUUCAAACCCAUUUGUCUUUCUUCCACUCCACUUUACCUCUUUUCAUCCAAUAAAUGCCUUUGAUCUUUCGUGCAAGUCAACAAAAUCAACCUGGUAAUAUCAAUUUUGGCAACCAAAACCCUAAUCCGGACCAAACCCUAGGGUUUACCCUAAUCGGACCCAGACCCAGAACCACUCUGCUCAGGAAGUGUAAUUUUUGUUUAGCAUAGUUGAGGCAGCAAUGGAGGUGGGUAGAUUGAGCCCAGUUGAAAAGAGCAUCUGGGUAUGCUCUGUAAUGGAAGCUUUGGUGGCUGAGACUUUGGUUCUUGCUGGAAAUUCUCUUGCUUGCCUUCUCAUGCUGACAGAGUCAGUGCUGAAGGAUAUGAAUGCAUCACAUGGUUUGACUGCAGUGGAUGAGAGGUUUCCAUUUGAUGAACUGCUCAAAAUGAAACGUCCUGAUCCAGAAAACAAAGAUGCCAGUGAUACAGAGGAUGAUGAUGAAGAAGAAGAUGAUGACAACGCAGAUGAUCCAGAUGAUGAUGCAGCUGAUGAGGAUUUCUCAGGUGAGGAGGAUCCCGAGGAUGACCCUGAGGCCAAUGGGGAUGGAGGGAGUGAUGAAGAGGAUGAUGAAGAAGAUGAUGAUGAUGGGGAUGACGAUGAUGGUGAUGAGGAUGGGGAGGAUGAAGAAGAGGAAGAUGAAGAUGAUGAAGAUGAUGAGGUUCGUCAGCCACCUUCUAAGAAGAGGAAGUGAAUUAAUCAUAGGCCUUUAGAUUUUCUAUUGUUUCUUUUUUUCCUUUGGGUGAGGAACUUUUAGUAGGGAGGGAGAAUUCAGCAUGUUUGUCUGCAUAGAUUAGAAGAUUCGCUAUCCUUAGUUCUGAAGGAACCUUAAUUUAUGGCAUUUGUCAUGUAGUUACGUUACAGGUGGUUCUGAUACAUAUUAUUCCAUCGUGGAUUAAUGGUCAUUCCUAUUUGUUCUGUAGAACUUGUUACUUCUA